CCCCUUACAUAUUGUAUCGAAUAAGUUUCUCGCAAAAUUGCAACAACUUUCAAACGCAAAAAAGUAACGCGCUUUUUUUUCUCAUCACUUUAACAACACUUUAAGGUUUUUUAAAUCCCCCAUAUAAUACGUGAUAUAUAAUAAUAUAUAUAUUUACGUGUUUAUCACAUCGCGCAAAUUGCCCCCAUCCACGCUCGUACAUACGAAUUGUGUACAAAUUGCCCCUUAAAAUUAAAGCUUAUUCAAAAUGGGAAAGGAAAAAACACAUAUCAACUUAGUCGUUAUCGGCCAUGUCGAUAGUGGAAAAUCCACGACCACCGGUCAUAUUAUUUACAAGUUGGGAGGUAUUGACAGGAGAACCAUAGAAAAGUUUGAGAAAGAGUCCGCCGAAAUGGGUAAGGGUAGUUUUAAGUACGCGUGGGUGUUGGAUAAGCUAAAGGCCGAAAGAGAAAGAGGUAUCACUAUCGAUAUCGCCUUAUGGAAGUUCGAAACGCCCAGGUACUUCUUCACAGUCAUUGAUGCCCCCGGUCAUAAGGAUUUUAUCAAAAAUAUGAUUACGGGUACGUCGCAGGCUGAUGUGGCUCUCUUGGUUGUUCCUGCUGAGGUUGGUGGUUUUGAAGGUGCCUUUUCAAAGGAAGGUCAAACUAAGGAACACGCCUUGUUAGCCUUCACCCUCGGUGUGAAACAGAUCGUUGUUGGUGUCAACAAGAUGGACACUGUGAAAUACUCAGAAGAUAGAUACGAAGAAAUUAAGAAGGAAGUUAGGGAUUACCUGAAAAAGGUCGGAUACCAAGCUGACAAGGUUGACUUUAUCCCCAUUUCUGGAUUUGAAGGUGAUAACCUGAUUGAGAAGUCAGACAAGACCCCAUGGUAUAAAGGAAGGACCUUGAUCGAGGCUUUGGACACUAUGGAACCACCCAAGAGACCAUACGACAAACCUUUAAGAAUUCCACUCCAAGGUGUGUACAAAAUUGGUGGUAUUGGUACCGUGCCCGUUGGCAGAGUCGAAACUGGUAUUUUGAAGGCCGGUAUGGUUCUCAACUUUGCCCCAUCUGCUGUCGUUUCGGAGUGUAAAUCCGUCGAAAUGCACAAAGAAGUUUUGGAAGAGGCAAGACCAGGUGACAACAUCGGAUUUAACGUAAAGAACGUUUCUGUUAAAGAAAUCAAGAGAGGAUAUGUCGCUUCUGAUACCAAGAAUGAGCCAGCCAAGGGAUGCUCCAAAUUUACUGCCCAGGUUAUCAUUUUGAACCAUCCUGGAGAAAUUAAGAACGGAUACAGUCCCGUCCUAGAUUGCCACACUGCUCACAUUUCUUGCAAAUUUUUGAACAUCGACUCGAAGAUUGACAAGCGUUCUGGUAAGGUCGUUGAGGAAAACCCUAAAUCAAUUAAGUCUGGUGAUUCAGCCUUGGUUAGUCUCGAGCCAAAGAAGCCUAUGGUUGUUGAGACCUUCACUGAGUAUCCACCCCUAGGAAGAUUUGCUAUUCGAGAUAUGAGACAAACCAUCGCUGUCGGUAUCAUCAAGGCGGUCGAAAAGAAGGAGCCAGGUGCCGUGUCCGCUAAAAACCCAGCGAAGAAAUAAAUGCCAGGCACAUUGAGCUUUCUUAUUUUUCGGAUUAUGCACUGUACAAUAGGAGGCUUUCAUACAAUUGCGUGUUACAUAUUGUGUAUCAUAUAUAUUACCUGUUAUAUAGCAUUUAUAUAUAUUAUAUAUAUAUAUAUUACGCUUUAUAUAAUUUUUUUUUUCAUUUUUCGGUUUUCGCCUACGACAAAUUGUACAUACUAUGUAAAAUUGUAUAGCCCCUCGUUGUUGUGAGAAGCAUUUUUAGAAAAAUACACGCGUAUAUCUUACCCAUACAUCCUGUACACAUAGUGAAUAAAUAACAAUAACUAUUGUAAAACAGCGCGAGUAAAAACUUGUAAAAAGAAAGCUAUUUUUAUGAACAGUUCAGAAAUUUUUUAG